AUGACUGGCACCAUCUCAGCGAACAUGGUUCCGACCACCAGGCCAAGCGUACCAACGGCUGCACCACAGGUCUUCGCAAUACCGGAGUUGCUUGAGAAUAUCCUUCUUCAUGUCGACGCCGUCAAUCUGUACUUGCUCGAACACACCAUCAAGGCUUUCAAAGGCGUCAUGGCUGGGUCGCGAGCUCUCCGGAAGCGAAUGUUCAAGGAAGGCGCUGCCGAUCUCGAUGACUUCUCCGAUUUCCUCGAACAUCCCGUCAUGAGAAGAGCCACCUAUCCAUUCAGUUGCGUCGCUGUGCGGAAAUGGGACGGACGAUAUUUCUUCCACACGUCGACAAAUUGGCUCAUUGAUAACGAGCCUGGGCUCAGCGUUCACAAAAUGCCGUGCACGCGACCUGCGUGGUGGAGGAAGAUCCGGCCGAAUAUGAACUCCUAUUGCGUGGUCUUCGACUAUAACGGGCACUUCCUCUGGAAUACACGAGUACUCGGAUACGGUUUCACGCUAGGACGUUUUGUAGAUAGUGCUGCUAGGCGGCUGUGCCAAAGGUCGGGUCGGUUGUGA